AUGGGUGCAGCUUAUGGCACUGCAAAAUCUGGAAUCGGUAUUGCAGGAGCAGCAACUUUUAAACCAGAACUUAUUAUGAAGACACUUUUACCAGUAAUUAUGUCAGGUAUCCUUGCAGUUUAUGGUCUUGUUAUGGCAGUCUUAAUAACUGGAUCUUUAUCUCCCACUGAAGAUUACUCUUUAUUUUCUGGAUUCAUUCAGCUAGGAUCUGGGUUGGCAGUAGGACUUACUGGAUUAGCUGCAGGCUAUUCAAUAGGUGAUGUUGGAGAUGCUUGUGUAAGAGCACAUGCACAACAACAAAAAUUAUUUGUAGGAAUGAUUUUAAUAUUAAUUUUUGCUGAAGUACUGGGUCUUUAUGGUUUAAUUGUUGGUAAUGUGUAG